AUGGCUAAUCGCAAAUUAAUCCCUACUUGUCGCUUUGUAAUCUGUGCCCCAGUGCACCUAUUAUAUACACCAGACCUCAAUGUUGCUUCUUGUUUGUAUAUGACCUGUGUAUUUGGCUUACUGUAUGCAAUCCUGACACUAACUUGGACAGAGCAACCCUGGCUUGGAACCCACCUUACCCAGGUGAAGAUCUUUAAUCUCCUUAAAAAGAAUUUAAUUCUCUUCUCUCUUGUCUUCUCCUCUUCCUCCCAAGAGAGUCUCUCAAAGAUAGUCUCCAAGAACUGGAAAAUUUACAAUGGAAGUCUCGACUAUUUCUCCUGUGAUAUUAAGUCCUGGGAUGAGGCUGAACAAUUCUGUGUAUCCCAGGAUUCCCAUCUGGCAACUGUGACUUCUGUGGGAGAAUAGGAAUUUCUUUACAAGACAUUGAAGGGAGAGAGACAUUGGAUUGGACUGAACAACAGACACACAGAAGACACCUGGACCUGGGUGGAUGGGACCGUUUAUGACGCUGCCCAAAGCAAAGGGUUCUGGAUUCCAGGAUAACCCACCAACUACCAGGGGAAAGAGGACUGUGUGGAGAUGAAGAUGGAGGCACUGGCAGCCUGGAAUGAUGAGAACUGUCAACUAAAAUACAAAUUCAUCUGUGAGAAGCCUUUUGGGUCUUCAAAAACUAGACUUCUAGCAGGGCAGCCUGCAGCUUGAAACAGAGCUAUGAGGACUAGUUCGGCACCCAGAAGCCUCAUCCCAGAUCCAGCCUCAUCAGACACUUCCAGGUCUCCAGUCUAGAGCCCUGCUGUCAGUCAGCCUUGGGCAGCUGCCGGGAUCUCAGAGCCUGGAAGAUCAGAAUAAUUCAGUGUGAUGUCCAGGUAAUCCCCAAAGUUCAUAAACUUUCAUUCUAGAGGACUGAAUCAGAGAAUUUACCUUCAAGUCAUAGUUCAUAGGAAUAUCCAUUUCAGGCCAGAACUCUAUUAAUAUUCAAUCUGUUGAGGGGCAGUAAGGUGGCUCAGUGGAUAGAGCAUCAAGCUUGGAGUCAGGAGGACCUGGCUUCAAAUCUGACCCCUGACACUUCCUAGCUGUGUGUCCCUGGGCAAGUCACUUAACCUUGAUUGCCUAGCCCUUGCACUUAUGCUAAGAGUUACUCCUAAGAUAGAAAGUUAGGGUUAAAAUUUUUUUUCAAUCUUUUGAACCCUAUUCUGAAGUAAGUUACACUCUUAAGACUUAUGGACAUCUUGAUUUCAUAUGUUCAUUAAAUCAGAAAACUGUAGAACUAAAGGAGAACUUAGAGAUUACCAAGUAGUAACCUAGUGCAUGAGCAAACUCUAUCAGCUUGCUUAGUUUAUCCAACCUCUCCUCUUGGAGGAUGCUAGGAAGAUGACUUGGAGAAGAAGCAGGAUGAGAUAUAAGGAAAAUUCCUUAGAUAGACUAGAGCAUGUGUAGACAUUCUGUAACUCCCACAUUGUGUGUGUGUGUGUGUGUUUGUGUGUGUGUAUGUGUGUGUGAAUCUUGUUUCAUUGGUUUUAUAGAUGUAACUAUUUGUUGUUCAAUUGUUUCAAUCAUGUCCGACUCUUCAUGACCCCAUUUAUGGUUUUUGUGGAAAGUACAUUGGAGUGGUUUGCCAUUUUUUUUUCCAAUUCAUUUCACAGAUGCAGAAACUUAGGCAAACAGGGUUAAAUGAUUUGCCCAGGGCCACACAACUAGUAAGUGUCUGAGGACAGAUUUGAACUGAAGAAAAUGAGUCUGAUUUCAGGCUUAGAGUUCUAUCCACUGAAUCACUUAGCUGCCCACAUAGAUAGAAUUAGAAUAUCAGUCUUUAAAAAAGACCUUGGUCUACCUUAGCUACUUUCUCUUUGAUUCAUUUCCAUAUGGGGAAUCUCAGUGACUCUUCUUCUCCCUCAGAGACCAGGUUCAAAAGGAGAACUGCCUUAGGGCCUUUUCUUCUUUUCUGACAUCCGUCCUCCCUCCACAGGUCCUUUCUCAACUCCAAUUGGACCAGAUUUUGGCUUUUCUGUCUGUCCUUUUCCAUUAUAUGUAGAGGGUCAUCAAAGCACCUUGUGAGUUCAAGUCUGGAGGGUGUCCUGGAAUCAAGUUUUGCAGCUGGCAUAGCAUUGAUGCCCUGGGAAGCAAAGAUUUGGGCAUAUCCUUUGGGAAUCCAGUUCAGGUGAACUCACCUGGCAAUCAUGCUCAACUGGACAGGAACUUGGAGGGACCAAUGUUAUGUAGGAACUGAACUGAAUUUUAAGUCUUCUCCCCCAGCUCCUCAAGGGUGUCUCUUUGGACCCAGUGAGUGAUAGAUAUAUCAGCCUGGCUUUGAGAGAGCCAGAGGACAGGUAUCUCAAUGAUAACACAGCAAUUUGGGUCACUGCAAGAAUGAACUGUGAUUCUGAAGUGUAGGAACAAUUCAAAUGUAAGUAUUGGUUUCUCUGGGUACAUGGUGGUUCAAAGCUCUUCAGAUUUAUUUUGGCGAUACAAUGAGAGCUCAGAAUUCCAUUUAUUCAAUUCAGUUGAUAUUUAAACACCAUGCUACAAAUGCAAACAUAUAAGAGACUUCUAUAACUUUAGCAGUGGGCUUUCCUGCUCCAUGGCCUGCCUUGGUAUCAGUGUGAAUGAGCAGAGGAUUAGUGUAUUUUCUACUCUGGCCCACAAUGGUAUAGGGUAGCAAUGAACUUCAGGGACUGAAGGAGUACUACAUGGUCUCCAAGAUCUGGAAUGAGAAGUAACAUGGAUGGAUACUGGACUCCAUCUCCAUCAGUGACCUAAUGUUAUGUAAUAGAGAGUACUUGUUAAGCCAUUCUUUGCUGUCAGAUCCACCACAGUCAAUGGUCCAGUCAGGGCCAAUGGUAUGCUUAUGGAACUUUAGCAUGUCCAUUAUUACAACUUCCAUUUUGAGUUAUAUAUUCCCC